AUGGAUUCCACCAACUAUGGCGAAUACUCUUUUGAUCCAUCUCAAUUGUAUGACAAUACUGCCACUCCGUAUGCUCGUACCGGCACGCCAGACACCUCAACUUGGUGGAAGUGCUGCAAAUGCGAUGGUGGACGCGAAGUGAACCCAGAGAAAGACCAGACAACUUGCCCAGACUGUAGUCACACAAGAUGUGACGAGUGCAAAACGACCUCACCUCCAUUGACCCCAGUCAAAGACCACUUCGGGAUCAACUUCGAAGGACCAAGCAAUGGUCACUCUCACUUCCAUGCACCAGCUACUGGGUACCACGAACAUGCUCAUCAUGGUUACGCCGUCGAUGGCUACUCUCAUCGCAGUCACUCCCAACGCAACUGUGCUAGUCACGUAGGAAGCUUACCUACUCCCGGCUAUGAAUAUGGUCGCCCGCCUAGCAUGAGGGGGUGGUGGACGAUUGCACCGCUUGUAACCAUGCCAAGUGUUACUACUGCAGCAAUCUCUGAUGGCGUUGCAGAAACUUGA